AUGGAUCCCCUCGCCACAAGGUUCACUGCCCUCGCCCGAAAAGACCUCUCCCUUUUGAAAUAUGCAGUUGAGUUCAGCCAGUUCACUGUUGUAACAGCAUUUGACAAAGCUGCGCUGAACUCACUGUUCUGGAUCAGACCUCAGAACAGUCAACCUCCCAGACUGGAGAGUGUCUACCUCCGAUCCAGAACACAGCCAGAGCCCAGCCCACCAUCACCCCGCUGUGUGGAGCUUAAGCCUGAGCCAUUGCCAGAGAGAGCGACAGUGCUGAGGAUCACCCCGGAGCCCAAGCCUGUGACAUCAAACCAGGUGCGAGAGCCAGCUACAGAGCUCGCCACGAGGGAGAGUGUCAUGGACAGUGAGAGCACGGAGAGGAACUCCGUCCCCUACACCGUGGCUGAGGGUGAGCAGUUAAUGGAUCUGGGAAUGUGGAAGGCUUCUGUUCCUGAGUUUAGCCCGGAAAGGGCUUCUGUUCCUGAAUUUAGCCCAGAGUGGGCUUCUGUUCCUGAGUUUAGCCCAGAGAGGACUCCUGAGUUUAGCCCAAAAUGUGCUACUGUUUCACUGUACUACCCAGAGAGUGAAUUAGUUCCUGAGUUCAGCCCAGUCAUUCCUCUGUCAGUCCCGCUUCCUGUGCUGGGAGUCCCCCUCUGCUCGCCCUCAGCCCAUCAUCUGUUAGGUGCCAGCUCCUGCCAUCCUCCAGCAUUGCCGUGGCUGGAGUAUCCCUUGACUCCGCCUCCAGCCUUUAAGCCCCGGACUCCGCCUCGGCCUGUUGACCCGUCGGCUCCACCAUGA